AUGCCUCCGAGAAGCUCACUGACCAGCUCCUUUUCGGUCACGGACGCCAACAAUGAAGUCGUGUGUCCCUUGAAGAAUAAUGACGGCUCCAAUUGUCGCAAGCGAUGUCUGGGAGAAAAGCGCUAUCGCUCUAUGCAAGAGCAUAUCCGACGUGCGCAUCCGAACCACUACAUCCCGAAGCUCCCGGCUACCGAAGAGAGCUUCCUUCUGAUGGUCAACACCCCGCCCGAGCAGCGGGCGCAUUUGUCCCCUCCUGAUCCCGUUCGGCCCCGACCCCGUCACGAUUUGGCGGAUAGGGACAUCUAUGUCGCCGAUGCCAGCUCCCCGGCCACCCCUCGAGCUCUCGAUGAACCCCACCCGGCCGCGGCCACCGCGGCCGUCGCACUGGCACAAUUGCACCACCAUCGACUGGCAUCCGACUGGGACACGGACAUGGAUACUCAUUCCGACACCGAUAUUCAUCAAGGUCGCAUGCGCUCCUCCAUCGAAUUGCCGUCGUUGCGCGACCACUUCAAACAAGAAUCGCUCCCUCCAUUUUCGUCUCCACGACCGCGGGAGCUUCUUCCGUCGAUUCUGAACCAUUCCCCGCCCGGUCGCUCCUCCACACUUCCCCCCAUCCAGCGACGAGACAAACCCUCCCGUCCCCGCAAAUCUUCAAUCUCGCAGUCAGCCCGAAAGCCUAAACACGAACGGCCAAAGUCGAAGGAAUUCGGCCGCCGCCCCAGUCUGGGCGAUCGCAAGGCCCUGUCGGCAGAGCCGCAGACGGCUGCGUGGGCGCAAGGCAAGCGAUGGGAGGAUUUGAUUGAAGCAGCCACUUCAGCGACGGAAGCUGAUGACGAGCGAUAUUCUGAGAUAUCAUGGCAGGCUGGUCGGUCCCCAACCAUUGCCCCACUGCUCGCUAACUUGACCUCGGCACCAUCUGGAUCCAAAACUCGGUCUUCGCUACCACCAGCUUUCCAGUCAGCACAAGGACUUCCGCCGCUCUCGUCGCAUCGCCAGUUUCCGCCUUAUUCAUACGCCGCUUCUCCCUUGCACAAAUCUCUCACGCCUCCUCCAUUUGAAGGGCGCAAUCGGGAUAGCGACCUCGAGCCGUUCCCGUCAAUUGAAUCAUCUCUGGAUUCGAUGUCUACCACUUCCGGGAAAAACUUUCCUUCAUCAGCCUCGGGAAUUGCGCGUUCUACCAACUCGGAUUCAAGUCCCGUCUUGAAUUUGAUCCCACCAGUGGGGCAACAACGCCAGCACCAUCGCUUUUCCAAUCCAACCCCGGCUUCCUACCGCAACAAAGAGAUUCAGAUAUAUUGUGCCCACUGCAAACGUCCAUGGGCCUUGAACGAAUGCUAUGCUUGUACAGAGUGUAUCUGUGGAGUCUGCCGUGAAUGUGUGCCCAUGUUCAUUUCAAGUCCACCUGCCGCCUUCCGAACGCCAGGCAACGGAUCUCUAAACAACUUCUCGCCCCCUGGCCCGACGAGCUACCCGAGUGGUGCUCGGGGGUGCCCGCGCUGCCGGACAAUGGGGGGCAAAUGGAAAGCUUUUCAGCUAGAUGUGAAGUGA